CGGCUGAUCAUGCAGUACCUGAAGGAGAACAGCCUCCACCGAGCCCUCGCCACCCUGCAGGAGGAAACUACCGUGUCCCUCAACACCGUGGAUAGUAUCGAGAGCUUUGUGGCUGACAUCAACAGUGGGCACUGGGACACGGUGCUGCAAGCCAUACAGUCCCUGAAGCUGCCCGACAAGACCCUCAUUGACCUCUAUGAGCAGGUUGUGCUGGAGUUGAUUGAGCUCCGGGAACUGGGUGCUGCCAGAUCUCUCCUGAGGCAAACGGAUCCCAUGAUCAUGCUAAAACAGACUCAGCCAGAGCGGUACAUCCAUCUCGAAAACCUUCUGGCCAGAUCCUACUUUGAUCCUCGUGAGGCGUACCCGGACGGGAGCAGCAAGGAGAAGCGCAGAGCUGCUAUUGCACAGGCUCUGGCUGGGGAGGUCAGCGUGGUGCCUCCCUCUCGUCUGAUGGCACUGCUGGGGCAGGCACUGAAGUGGCAGCAGCAUCAAGGGCUGCUUCCUCCUGGCAUGACAAUUGACUUGUUCAGAGGCAAAGCAGCUGUGAAAGAUGUAGAAGAAGAGAAGUUCCCUACGCAGCUGAGCAGACAUAUUAAGUUUGGGCAGAAGUCACAUGUGGAGUGUGCUCGGUUUUCCCCAGACGGUCAGUACCUGGUUACUGGCUCUGUCGAUGGAUUCAUUGAGGUGUGGAACUUCACUACUGGAAAGAUCAGGAAGGAUCUGAAGUACCAGGCACAAGAUAAUUUUAUGAUGAUGGAUGAUGCAGUGCUGUGUAUGUGUUUCAGCAGAGAUACAGAAAUGCUGGCAACUGGAGCACAAGAUGGAAAAAUCAAGGUGUGGAAAAUCCAGAGCGGUCAGUGUCUGAGAAGAUUUGAACGAGCACACAGUAAAGGUGUUACGUGCCUUAGUUUUUCUAAGGACAGCAGCCAAAUUCUUAGUGCUUCUUUUGAUCAGACAAUCAGGAUUCACGGACUGAAAUCCGGGAAGACGUUGAAGGAGUUCCGUGGUCAUUCUUCCUUUGUCAAUGAAGCCACUUUCACCCAGGACGGCCACUAUAUUAUCAGUGCAUCCUCUGAUGGCACGGUGAAGGUUUGGAAUGUGAAGACAACGGAGUGCUCAAACACCUUCAAGUCCCUCGGCAGCACUGCUGGAACAGACAUCACUGUGAACAGUGUCAUUCUGCUGCCUAAAAACCCAGAACACUUUGUUGUUUGCAACAGGUCAAAUACAGUCGUCAUCAUGAAUAUGCAAGGACAAAUUGUAAGAAGUUUCAGCUCUGGUAAGAGAGAAGGAGGUGACUUUGUCUGCUGUGCGCUUUCACCUCGCGGUGAAUGGAUCUACUGUGUCGGUGAAGAUUUUGUGCUCUACUGCUUUAGCACAGUGACCGGCAAGCUGGAGAGAACCCUGACUGUUCAUGAAAAAGAUGUCAUCGGCAUUGCUCAUCACCCCCACCAGAACCUGAUUGCCACUUACAGUGAAGAUGGCCUCCUCAAGCUCUGGAAGCCAUAGCUUGAUUUUGCAGGGAGCUGUGAAGUGUGCCUGUUAGUUGCAGGUGGUUGGUGUUCGUGCUUUAACACAGUCUAAAUGCACCGGGUGUGGUGUUUCCUGAAUUUUCACAUUGGUUUUCCAGAGAAUGAUGUUUUUACUUCGUCUGAAGUUAGGUAGAUUGAUGCUUAAAUAUAGCAUGAGUUAGUUUCAAAUACUUUUAUUUUUACCAGAUUAGCAGAAGCAAUUUCAAGUGAGGGCUUUUUUUCUGUCUCCUGAAGUCUGUACUCUUUCUACAGAACA